AUGAGUACCGAAAACCAAGCCACAAACUCGGAGAGUCGGGAAACUUCGGUUGUUGAUAAGACAAACACGUCAACGGCCCCUUCUCUGGCACAAGCCGCAAACUCGCCUUCGCCCAGCUCUUUCAUAAAUAAGAGGGAGAUCUCUUAUCCGUCACGUGUCUGUGAAAUUGUUGAGAGCACCCCAGAUCUUUGUCUUUCCAUUGUGGAUGCUGCCAGGUCUCCGGAAACUCAUGGUCAAUUGCAAUCUUUCAUUGUGUACUCAAUCAGACUGGGUCCUCUCAUUGUCAAGCGUCGUUAUAGCGAGUUUGAAAGCUUGAGAUUGUGCCUAGUUAAGAGUUACCCCACCCUUAUAGUUCCUCCAAUUCCAGAGAAACAAUCCAUAAAGUCCAAUAUCACUCAGACUACAAGCAACUCUUUGGGUAUAAGUCACAAUGCUGUAUCGAAUAGUGCUUCAGCGGUGGUUAAUCGUACCAACGGUGGUCCCUCAGGAGGCUCUGCUAUCGGUAUUCUGCCAGGAAGUACAACCAAUGGUGGCAAUGCUACAUUGAUAUCUGCUAACUCACCAGAUUCUGCCACUUCAAGGCUCAUCGAAUACAGGAAACGUAUGUUGGCAGUAUUUUUAAAUAGAUGCCUUGCAAACGACACAUUUCGAAAUUGCAGGUUCUUCCUCAACUUCUUGGACCCAGAAACCAACUUCCACGAUUUUCUUGCUCUGAAUGAAAACAGUAUUCUCUAUAGGACGUCUCUAUACAGGCUAUCACCUUUCGAACCGCUUGCAAACUUGUCCAAUCAACUAUAUCUUACCCUCCCGAUCCCUUCGUCUGCAGAUGCCGGCCAAUUUCCUGAAUUAGCCGAAGAGGCUCAAUUUCAGGAAUUACUCAGUUUUGAAACCAAGUUCCGCAAAUACGAGAUAGUAUUGGAUAAGAUUAGCAAGUGUAACAAGCGAUUACUUAGGCAUUUUGAAGAGAUAGCGCCGGAUUUGACAGAUCUAGGAUCGCAAUACAACAAGCUAUCAAUUCUGCAGGAUUCUACCUUCAUUGAAGAUAUGGGAAAAUCCCACGAGAGAAAUCUAAUCUUUCUUGGAGGAUUGGUAGACUCGAUUAAUUUGAGGUUCUUGGACAGAUUGAUAGAAUUGAAACAUUUCUCCAGAACUGUGAAAGAACUUACUGGGUACAAUCGAAAGAAGGUGAUUCAAUGCAAAUUGGUAGAAGAACAGCUUGAAAUUACGCAGCACAAAUAUAAAGCAUGUGUAAGUCAAGAGUCAGAGAUUCAAAAGAUUGAUCGAAGAACCAACGCCACAUUAGGAAAAAAGAUGGAUGGUAGUUGCAAUCCCAUGAGUGCACCAAUUACUGAUGCCGAAUUGCAAACUGCAUUGUAUGCAAAAUCUAAAAAGCCAUUUUAUGGAAGGAUUCCAGGAAUGACAAAGCUCAAUAGCGUGAUCCAGAAAUAUACAGACAACAAUCCAGAUCAAACACGGAGGAAUAAGGUUUACAAUUUAAAGAUGAGGCUCUAUCAGCAGGAAAGACAGCAUGAGAUAUUGACUGGUGAAAUAGGAAAAAUCAACAGAGAAGUUAUGAAGCAAUUGGUUGAAUUUCAUGAGUGGUUCAAAAGAGAGUUAUGCAAGGUUGUUGUGGGGUACAACGAGAAUCUGGAAGAGUGUUUAAAAGGAGGAGAUGUGAUAUUCGAAGAGCUCAACGAACGAGAUGGGUGA